AUGGAUAUGGGGGACCUCCUCCUCCUGGACACCAUGGACACGGUCCUGGUCCUGGCCCUGGAAAUCAUGGAUUUCAACCACAAGGCCGUCCGGGUCCGGGUAUGCAUGGCCCUGGCGGCUUUGGUGGUCCUCCUGGACAUGGACAGGGUCCUGGUCCUGGUCCGGGCUUUGGUCCUGGUCCUCAUGAAUUCCAUCCACAAGGGCCUCCAGGGCCGGGUAUGCAUGGGCAUGGACAUGGGCAUCCUGAACACCAUGGGCAUGGUCCGCAUGGGUGGUGAAGCCGAACUGAAGCCGAGUUCAUAA